AUGGUAGAAUUUGUAAAAGAGACAGAACGCUGCUUUAAUCAUAUGGCACUCUUCGACGAAACACAAUCGCGUAGUGGUUCGCGUUUUGGACAACUUUCGUCCAAUAUGUUCUUUGCACGCAACACGGCGAAUCCGAAGCGUGUUCGACAUAUUGAAGGUCUUAAUGGCGCAUUGAUUUGUAAUGUAAAUGAUGAUCCAGCUCUGAUCCGUUCUGCAUCUACUAGUUCGCUUAGUUUCAAUCGAGCAAAUCUACCGACUCUGGAUUCAUCACGUCGCGUAGAACGAGUCGUUCCUCCAAUGGGCUUUUGGCACACACAAGGCAUCGUUCAUGAUACUGAUAACUGGAAACGAGAAUUGGCUUCGCUAGCCAGUGCAAGUGGACUUGGAUUAGAAAAAGAUGAUCGAAAACAUCAUGCUAAACAAACAGCGACCGCUAAUUCUCAACACGCUUCACGUUCUGGUGCACACUAUUCAACUCGAACCGGCCGAUUCAACGAAGGAACUGCCAAAUCACGAGGACGAACAGGCUCCAAACAUUCUACCGCAUAUUCCGAUAUGCUAUUUCAUGUACCGGAAAAUGAAAGAGAAAUGUGGAUGUUACAAGUUCUUUGUCAACUACUUGGCACAAGUAAUCUAGAAGAUGUACAAUCAUGGCUUAUAUCAGCUACUCCAACCGAAAAAGAACAAGCACGUACGAUGAUUAAUUCUGCACUUCGAGGUUUGAAAGAAUCUGAACGUAUAUCGAAUAAUUCUCAACAACCGGUUGAUCUCGAUUCUUUGACUAAUUUUGUUGAAAAGCAAAAGAAAGAAGAAAAACAAGCAUCGAAAAAGUAUAUUAAAGAUACUCUCAAUCGUUCUUUACAACCCAUUCACGAGGAAUCCCAAGAUGAUGCAUUAAUCGCGUCUGCCUUGAAAAAACAAUCAACUUUACCAUUGGUCAAUGCAACAACCUACCAACUCUCCUAUCCAAAUUAUAGUCAAAGUCCACGUGAAUCAUUAGAAGCCAUUACCUCACAAAACCGAAAUGAUUUCUCCAACGACCUCCAACAUAAAGACGAUCAUGAAGAGCAAAUCGAAACGAUUCACCUCGAUGAAGAUUCUCCGCGACCUCAGACACCGUCGCAGAAUGAUAUGAAGAAAGCUUCGAAAACAGCGCCGGUCGGACGAACGCCUCCACAUUUCGAUUCAAUCCAAAUCAACGAUGACGAUUACGAUCGCGCAGACAAUCGACGCAAAGAAACAAACUAUCUUUCAAUGAACGAAGAUGAUGACGAUGCGAAAGCACGACGAAUUCGAGAUUUACAGAAUAAAUUAACACGUCAAGAAGAAGAAUCCAAGAAACAAAUCGAGGAAUUACAAACCAAACAAUCCCGCUUAGAAAAUGCCUUAAAAUUAAUCGUCAAACAAACAUCGUAUGGUAAACGUUCGCAACAAACAAAUGACGACAACAACAACAACAAAACUUCGGAUGGUUCGAUCUCGAAUGUGGAUUCCCAGAAGGAAAACGAGCGUCGCCAAGAUAACAAUUCACAAAAAUCAUCCACUAUGAGCAAGACAAAAGAUGAUAAUCGAUCAGCGAAAUCAUAUGCAGGCGUAUGGAAACCCGAUGCAGCCGUACUUCAUCGUCUUCAAGGAAAUUAA